AUGCAAAUGAAGAAAACCGACAGUUUGGAAGUAUACGAAAACGGCCCGAUCAAGCCAGGCGAUCGAGUUAUCAUCAAAGGCAAAUAUACAGGCAUUUGCAAAUAUGUUGGUCCGAUCAUCGGCGCAGUCAAUACAGAAGAAGUAUUCGUCGGAAUCCGACUUGACGACUGCAUCACCCGGCACAGCGGGGUAUUCGAUGAUAAGAAAUAUUUCGAGUGCGAAGUUGGCUACGGCAUCAUGGUUCCUUUCCGAAAAGUGAAAUGCAUCAGAUCGAAAUUUUCAAAAAGCGAAAAGCUAGAAAGUGACGCCGCUGUCCGCGAAGUGGUCGAGCUCGGCCGUGUGCUCCACAAAGUCUCCCCUGGAUAUCAAUAUGUUAAACACAUGCAGACAACGAACUCGGCACGGGUCCAUUUCUGA